UUUCAAAAAAUAAAUCGUCAAUUAGCACUUUCAAAUUUCAUUGUCACCAUGAUAUCGUGUUCAAGGAACGGCAACAAACGCGAACAUGGAUGUCUAGGAGUCUUCCUCCCAAACGAGUACGGUAAAAAUGCUGCCGAAUCCAGAGCUCGCCAGGCCGAGCAUACCAUGGGUUCUGGCUUCUUGCUUAUGAAAGUAUUCAGUAAGCGGGUUUACGUUGUCCAGUCCCUUAAAGAUAAAAGAUUAUAUCUAGUUAAAAGGUUCGAGCACUCGGACAAUCCUGUAUUCCCUUGGCAAUACUCCGGUGAUCAGCCACCCGAAUUCAGAAUAUCGACUGGAACUAGACAUCAGUGUGAAGUCACAUUGUCAGGCUCUUGCUUUAACAGUCUAGAAACACAUUACACUUACGAGAAUGUGCCAAAUGAACGUGUCUAUGAGUUGUAUUUCGAGUAUUUAAACGGGGGUAGCCUCGAGAGUUUAAGAGAUAGAUAUUACGAGAGAGAGGCGAGAAUUCCAGAGUCAUUCAUUUGGCAUGUCGCUCGGACUCUAUGCGAAGCCAUUCGCAGGUUACGUACAACUCCAACACACGUCCCAGGUAUACCAAGCCUUACCGCCCCUGCGCAGCGGCCUGUCGUUUACCAUCGAAAUAUUAGUAUGAAAAAUAUAAUGCUCGAUUACCGGAAUUCUACCUAUGGAGGGAAUCCUUUUGUAGAACAUAAAUACAAUGUGCUCCCCCGUGUAAUUUUAUGCGAUUUUGGACAGGCGGCGGUUCAGGGAGACGACGAGACCAAAUUACCAAAGUUCAAUCUGUUCCCAGAGGAGCAGAGACUAAACUAUUGGGAGGAUAGUUAUGCGAUAGGCUGCGUCCUACGUAGCUUAUGCAUGACACAUAUUCCGUUUCCCCAGGAUAGUCGCCAACCACCUAUUCCUGGUCAAACGAAAGACGAAACUGAAAGAUGGCAGCACCGCCCGGAUAGUAGGCGUCUCGACGACGUCAAUGCAUACCCAGUUGGAACACCUUACUCAGAUGAUCUCAUGAACAUGCUGAAGAAUUUCGAAUGGGACGAUCAAGAGAAUCGUAACAUCGCCGACCAAGGGUGUAGAAACGCAUGCGCACCUGACCUAAACUUCAUAAUUAACACCCUGGAGCCUCGGGCGGUGGCGGCGGUGGAUGCACUUCAAUUCGAACACACUCCUCUGGGCAGAUACUACGACCCACGCGACGUUUCUUGGACUAGGCCUUGGGCGCCGAUGCCAUUCAUUUGUAACUUGUUCAAUAUGGAUAGGUCUCACCGCCGUAUUUAUAAGUCGACUCGCAGAGAGGACUAUAGAAUAUGUGGUUUGGAUUAUAGUCUGCCAGAUUGGGACCGGAUAGAUCAAGAAUUUCUAGGACCAUCAACGCAGCCGCCACCUAGAGAUGGCUACUAGGAUAGUUAGAUUUACUUCUCUUCGUUGUUUGUUGUAUGAGAUAGCAGUUUAGGUGGUUGAUGACUUUUUAAGAUUCCCAGUCUUGUAUAUAGCGAAUGAACUAAGUAUAAAACGAUAACUAGGUAAUAAUGGUU